ACUGUGCGCAGCCGCUGCGCGCACCGUCCCGCAGCUGGCGCGCGCACCGACAGACAGUUUGACGUGCGGACUUCUCCAAAUCGAGAGAGUGCGAGCUCAUCUGCAGCGUUUCCUCCUUUUCACUGCAUCGGAACAAGAGGGUUCAAAAGCUCUGUAGAGGUCGACCAUGGGAAACAGGUUUAGCAGAAAGCGAGACACUCCGGCAGGCGGUGAAGAAUGUGCUGCCACCGAACAGAAGACUGCAGAGGAGCCAGCAGCAGAAGCAUCUGAGACGACCGGCACUCAGGGGGCUGCUGAGACGGAGGGUUUAGAUGUGGUGGUGGGGGAGCAGGUGACACUGGUGGCGUGUUUAGAGUGUAAAGAGAUGGAGGCUCCUGCUGCCUCGGCCACACUCAACGAUGCUGAACCGGAACCUGUGUCAAAGGAAACCCCAGCUCCAGCCCAACCUAAUCUUCUGGUCUCAAUCAGCGAAUCAUCACCUUCAGAAGCAGAACCUGCUGCAGGGCCAGAACCAGUUGCCGAAGCUCAGCUUGCCCCAGAACCAGCCCCAGAACCUGCUCCUCAAGAAGGGCCCCCCUCAAGUCCUGAGGCAGAAGUUGAGGCUGUCCCUGAGCCCAUCUCCGAGCCUUCACCAGUCCCAGCCGAGGCUCCGGAGCCGCUGACAGACAUGCUCAGCCAAGAGUCUUUGCCUGAUCCAGUGCUCUAUUCGACCCCUUUGAUUGACCUGGCCGUCCCUGAUGUCACCCCUCAACCUGUGGCCGCUCCUCCCGCCCCGGCUCCUGUCUCUGACCCAGUCGAUGCAGACGAGCCCUCAGACAUCCCAGUGGGCGACGAGUGCCAAGACAGUGUCGAGGCUGCAGCGAGUUGCACAUUUGCGCUGGAGAAGUCUGAGGAAAUGUCAGAGUCGCUGGAUAAGCCGGCAGUGGAGGCCAAAGAGAAUUUGGAGCAGCUUGUGAGCGAUGCUGCUGAGGAAAGCAUUAGUGGACUCUUACAGAACUUGGAGCUGGGAGGAAAGGACCUCAUCCCCAGUGAUGUCAAGAUCCCUGACGACACUCCCAUCACAGACAUCAGCACGUCUACUGACCUGAUCUGAGUCCAAUAAGUCAAUAGAUCCUUUUCUGUGAAUCACUUUUAACCUCUUACAUGACUUCACAGAUUCAAUGACCCCCCCAUGGCCUAAUAAAGGCAAACAGAUUAUUUUUUCUCUUUCAAAAUAAACCAAACGCGCCAAAUGAACUCUGGAACAAACGGACGUCUUGUCAGUUUUUCACCCAAAACCAAAUACAGAUGCAUCAUGUUUUUUUUUAAUGUUUGAUACUGCCAUAUAACGUGUAGGUGAUGAGUACGGGACAGGGAUUAUGGGUUUAAUUACAUAACUGAUGGACAACAGAGAUCUUCCUCUAUGCAAAAUUCACCAAGCCAGAAUUUAAAUGUAUUUCUCGUGAGGACUUGGUGAAAAAGGUUCCAUUGCUAUAUAACGAGUGUAACAAAGAAUCGUGUUGAUUGAGUGCAAAAGGAAAAGUAAGAGCUUUUUAAAGUGGAUAACCCAUAAAUUAAUUCAAAACAACAGGUAAGGGACAAAAGCAAUGCAACCUAAAAUGGUUAUGUGCAUAUGAUUAUAUACAAGUAUCCAAUAAACAAUUAUGCCUUAAAA